UCUCACCAUUUUGGACAACGUUAGCGGUGUCAUAAAACCAGGAAGAAUGACACUGCUAUUAGGACCUCCUGGUUCUGGCAAAACCACGCUACACUUGGCUCUAGCUGGUAAACUUGAUUCUAACUUAAAGAGAAGUGGAGAUGUGAAGUACAACGGUUGCCGGCUUGAUAAAUUCGUUGUGCAACGAACAUCUGCCUACAUCAGCCAGACAGAUAAUCAUAUAGGGGAGUUGACCGUUCGAGAAACCCUGGAUUUUGCAGCAAGAUGUCAGGGUGCGAGCAACAACUGGGCAGAGCAUUUGAAAGAUUUAGAAAAGCUUGAAAAGGAGAAAAACAUCCGUCCAACUCCGGAAAUUGAUGCAUUUAUGAAGGUUGCUUCAGUAAAAGGUGAAAACAACAACCUUGCAACUGAGUAUACCUUGAAGGUUCUCGGCAUUGAUGUCUGUGCAGAUACUCUGGUCGGUAGUGAUAUGUUCAGGGGUGUUUCAGGUGGUCAGAAAAAACGUGUAACAACAGGAGAGAUGAUAGUUGGACCAAGAAAAACCCUUUUCAUGGAUGAAAUAUCAACAGGACUUGACAGCUCCACAACAUAUCAAAUCGUCAAAUGCAUGCUGAACUUUGUUCAUCAAAUGGAGGCCACUGUGCUUAUGUCUCUCCUUCAGCCUGCACCUGAGACAUUUGAUCUUUUUGAUGAUCUAAUAUUAUUGGCUGAAGGACAUAUCAUAUAUCAUGGGCCCAGAGAAAAAGUUUUGGAGUUCUUUGAAACACUAGGAUUUUUUAUGCCAUCUCGUAAAGGGGUGGCGGAUUUUCUCCAGGAGGUUACCUCUAGAAAGGAUCAAAAACAGUAUUGGUCUGAUCAUUCCAAACCAUAUGUUUUUGUUCCCGCUUCAAGAAUUGCUCAGACAUUCAGAGAAUCUGAAUAUGGAAGUUCUGUCCGAUCCAAUCUUUUGGUCCCUAAUGACGAUAAAGGGUUUCUUCCUUCAGCUCUUGCAAGAACAAAUUUUGCUAUAUCAAAGCAGGACCUCCUCAAAGCAUGCUUUUCUCGUGAAGUAUUGCUUAUCAGUCGGCAUCGGUUCCUCUACAUUUUUAGAACAUGUCAAGUUGCAUUUGUUGGAUUCAUCACUUGUACAGUAUUUCUCCGUACAAGACUGCAUCCCAUUGAUGAGAUGAAUGGCAGAUUGUACCUUUCUUGUUUGUUUUUCGGACUGGUGCAUAUGAUGUUUAAUGGAUUUUCUGAGCUUCCAAUAACAAUUACCCGACUUCCAGUUUUCUAUAAGCAGAGAGAUAGUCUUUUUUAUCCAGCCUGGGCUUUUUCUCUUCCUAGCUGGUUGUUACGUAUUCCAUACUCAAUUAUUGAAGCUGUAGUAUGGUCUUGUGUGGUAUACUACUCAGUAGGGUUUGCACCAAGCGCUGAUAGGUUUUUCUGCUUCAUGCUGUUAUUGUUUUCCAUACACCAAAUGGCAUUGGGUCUCUUCCGACUGAUGGCUGCUAUUGCAAGAGAUUUCAUUGUGGCCAACACAUUUGGAUCUUUUGCACUGUUAGCCAUCUUUCUUUUGGGUGGAUUUAUUGUCCCAAAAGAUUCAAUCAAACCAUGGUGGAUUUGGGUUUACUGGAUUUCACCAUUAUCGUAUGGGCAACGAGCAAUUGCAGUCAACGAGUUUACAGACUCCAGAUGGAGAGAGGUAUAUUUUAUUUUUAAUUUUUUUUCUGAUGAUAUACUCUGUAAAUAUCAUAUUUUUGGGUCCUGUAAACUGGUUUCUCUUUUACGACAGAAAUCUUCUUAUGGAACAGACACAGUUGGGAACAAUGUACUUCGGUCACAGGGUCUACCAACCCAGAGAUACUGGUAUUGGGUGGGAGUAGGCAUUUUGCUAGCUUAUUCUAUCCUUUUCAACAUUUUGUUCAUUCUUGCCAUGGCAUAUCUUAAACCUCUGGGAAAGGCACAAGCAGUUGUCUCAUCUGAUUCUCAAGAGGGGGAGGAUGAAGGUUGUCAAGGCACUCACCCACAAACUGCAACAAGUGAAAGUAAUGAACCAGAGGCAUCAGAAAGAACUGCUGACGGAAAUACCUCCAAUAAAGGAAUGAUUCUUCCAUUUCAGCCAUUAUCUAUGACGUUCCACAAUGUCAAUUAUUUCGUUGAUAUGCCAAAGGCAAUGAGAGCUCAAGGAGUUCCUGAGACACGGUUGCAGUUGUUAUCCAAUGUUUCUGGGGUAUUUAGACCACGUGUCUUGACAGCCUUGGUCGGCUCUAGUGGGGCUGGGAAGACCACACUUAUGGACGUGCUUGCUGGUAGGAAGACUGGUGGAUAUAUAGAAGGUGAUAUAAGAAUUUCUGGAUAUGUAAAGGACCAAAGAACCUUUGCCAGAAUCUCGGGAUAUGUUGAACAAAAUGAUAUACAUUCUCCUCAAGUAACAGUAGAGGAGUCUCUCUGGUUCUCAUCAAGUCUUCGUCUUUCAAAUGAAGUCAGCCAAGAAAACAGAUGUGCAUUUGUUGAGGAAGUUAUGAAGCUAGUGGAACUUGAUACUUUACGGCAUGCAUUAGUAGGCAUACCAGGGAGUAGUGGCUUAUCAACUGAACAAAGAAAGCGCCUUACAAUUGCAGUAGAGCUUGUUGCAAAUCCUUCUAUUAUCUUCAUGGAUGAGCCAACUUCGGGCUUAGAUGCACGGGCUGCUGCAAUCGUCAUGCGUACUGUUCGAAACACAGUUGACACCGGGAGAACUGUGGUUUGCACCAUACACCAGCCAAGUAUUGAUAUAUUUGAAGCAUUUGAUGAGCUACUUCUUAUGAAGCGAGGAGGCCUUGUCAUAUAUGGUGGCUCACUUGGUAGAAAUUCUCAAGAUAUGAUAAACUACUUUCAGGGAAUACAUGGAGUUCCUCCUAUCCUUGAUGGUUAUAAUCCUGCAACUUGGAUGCUGGAAAUUAGUACACCAGCUUGUGAAGAAAGCCUUGGCUUAGAAUUUGCUACUGUAUAUAAAAACUCAGAUAAAUUCAGGGAAGUUGAAGCUCUCAUUCAGGAAUUAAGUACCCCUGCUGCUGGUACAGAGCCUCUGAGAUUCUUUUCAGUGUUUCCGCAAGAUAAACUGACUCAAUUUAAAGUAUGCUGUAAGAAACAAUUUCUUGUGUACUGGAGAAGUCCCCGAUAUAGUGUUGUGCGCAUGUUCUUCACUGCAAUUACCGCAUUGAUAUUUGGGACAGUCUUUUGGAAUGCUGGCUCAAAAAGAGAUACCGUACAAGACUUGUUUCUGGUUAUGGGAUCCCUCUAUUCAGCUUGCAUAUUCCUCGGAGUCAACAAUGCAUCCUCUAUACAACCUGUGAUUUCUAUUGAGAGGACAGUUUACUAUAGGGAAAGAGCAACUAGAAUGUAUGCCUCAUUUCCAUAUGCAGCAGCACAGGGUAUUGUAGAGAUUCCAUACAUCCUGUUGCAAACCAUUAUUUUUGGCCUUAUCACCUUUUUCAUGAUCAAUUACGAAAGGACUUUAGUAGGUUUGACUCCUACGCAACAGCUAGCAGCAGUUAUUUCAUCAUCAUGUUACUCCUUAUGGAAUCUACUCUCCGGUUUUCUGAUCCCCAAAGCUAACCUCCCCGUGUGGUGGCUUUGGUUUUACUACAUAUGCCCGGUGGCGUGGACUCUUCGCGGCGUCAUCACAUCACAAUUGGGUGAUGUUGAGACCAGAAUAGCUGGUCCAGGUUUUGAUGGGACCGUGAAGCAAUACCUGGAGGAGUCCCUCGGCUAUGGCCCUGGCAUGUUGAGCAUUACCGCUGUGGUUUUGAUUGCCUUCUCCUUUGUGUUCUUCACUGCGUACGCCACCUCCAUCAAAGUUCUCAACUAUCAGAGACGGUGACCAUGCAUGCUGACAAAUCUUCCACCUUUAACCUGCAAAUGUUUUCUCUCUCACUCACCAAGCAUAUGUAAUCUUCAUCCUCUUGUAAGUAACCUGAAUUCCGCGAAUGGAAGCCUUCCUGACCAGACCAGCUUCGGUGCAUUUACGAUUUCUGAUCUUUUCU